GAUUUUAUUCAACUUCAUUCAUUCACUUUUGGUGCAGUUUGUAGGUUAUUUUGUGGAUUUGAUUUGGUCUUCGUGAUGGGGGAUUCAACAUUCAAACCCAAAAUAAAUAGCGCUGGAAAGCAGGAUCCCAUCCUUAAAAAGGCCGAGCUAGACUACAUGAAAAUAAUUGAGGAGAAGAAUCGCGAACGAGUCCAAAAGUUGCAACAAAUUGGAAGACGAAAUAGGUUCACUGGAUUGGCUAUUGGAGCAGGAGUGUUUAGUAUUUAUUUAUAUUCUAUAUUUGCCAUAAAACAGGAAACUUUCCUGGACGAUUUUAACGAACCUGCGAAAAUCCAGCAGUAG